UAGAGACAGUUGUGAGUUGCCAUGUGGGUGCUGGGAAUUGAACCUGGAGCCUUUGGAAAGUAGAUAGUGCUUUUAACUACUCAGCAGUCUCACAGUCCUUGACUGUUAGAUGGUAAAUAAUUCUUGCACUCCUGGGAAAAGUCCUCCUUGUGAACAUGUCUGGGUUGGCUCCACUGUUUUGUUGGCAUUUCUUAGUCUGUUUCCACAAAAGAUAUUGACUUGUAACCUUUCAUUUUUGUACAUCAUUUAAAAUUUUUGUGUCAAACUUUUCUGUCCUUUUGUUGCCAAGUUGGCAAGUGUUUUUUUUCUUUGUUCCCUGGCAGAAUUUACAUGAGUUUGGUAGUUUACUUUUGAAACCGUACAUCAGAAGUCAUUUGGGCCUGGAUUUCUUUUGUGAGGGAGGCUGGGAAAUGUGCUGUGAAUCCUUAUGUUUAUUUUCUCACCGUGUUCUCUCCUCCCUGCCUUAGCAUGCUUGUGGUGAUCCAGAAAAAGAAAGGUCUUAAUGAGAUAUUUUUUGAUUACUUCAAGGAAAAUAAAAUAGAGAUAGCCCAUGCAAUCCCCAAGCUGUUUCCUUUCCUAGAAAGCCUCAAGGACCGCUCCUUCAUUAUUGACAAAAUCUAUGCAGUAAGUGACAUGUACUCAUCACUCCCUGGAAAGCCUGCCCCACAUUUUUGCUCCAUAGGCUCUGGUGACAGCUGUUCUCUGGGAAGUCUGACCAGGACACCUUCAGAUCCCACCUCAUCUGAUGGGUCCAUCCAAUCUGAAAAGAGAAGAAGAUCUCCAGAGUCUACAUGCGAUUUGAGGUCUAAGUACCCAAACACAGACCACUCGAUUUUUCAUCCGUAUGAGUCUCAUCGAACCAACUAUGAAUGUGCCCAAUCAGGGACAAAGCUACACACACAUGAAAACUGGACAUGGCCUUGUUUUUUGAAACAAGAAAACCCACAGAAGCCAGGGACAAUACAGAACCAAGAGGAUGAAGUCAUUGUGGUCAGCAGUGAGGGCUCAGAAUGCAGCGAUGAGGAUGAUGAGCAUGAACUCCUGGAACUCUUCACUUUGACACCAAGACACAGGAGGCAGAUGGAUGAGGUUGGUGAAGACCAUGUACCCUCGGCUCCAGAACCCAGAGCUUCUGUCAGGCACUCACACUUCCUGUUUCCUGACUCACCAUUCUUGGGGGACAUCGAAGAGCUUAACCGUCCAUUCUCUGCACCUUACUUUUUCUGACACCUGUGAAGUUAUGGAGGGUGUAACGGGGUUCCAGACCUUAGUAAGCCUCCGAGAACUAGCACAACUGACUCCAUGAUGGAAGUACCAUUCAAGCUGUAAACUCAGCAUGUGGGCAAUGCCACCUGCCAAAAUGAAAACAGAGAACUAACCCAUCAAAGUCCAUAGUUCUGGUAAAGUCUCUAAAUGUUCUAACCUUGCUUUUUUUGGCUUCUGUAGUUCUGCUAACUGUUCUUGUUAACUGAAGUAUGUCAACCCAGAACAUGUUUUUUUUUUGUGCUUAAAAGCUCACCUUGAGGCUACACUGAGAUCUGGAACACCUAGUGUAGUCUCUGGUUGGCUAAUAAAGAUUUAUAUUUGUUUAAA